UCGACGAAGCGAAUUCUUAAUGUUUAAGCAAUAUUGGAAACGAAGGUGGGGGUACAAGAGAGUAUUAAGAGAAGAACCGAACCUCAUAAGUAUAGCACGAUGUAUUUUUCGCACAAUUAUGAUGAAGAAUUAUUCAUUUGCUUUAUGAUGAUUUUUCAAUCUUCUUUGCUUUGUUCUUAUUCUUUCUUUUCAAGGCAACUGAAGACAUAUUACAGCAUAAUAACACAACACUACAUCGAAAAGACAAUGAAGAGCUAUAAGAACCUUGUCUUUUUGCCUUUGUUUUUUGCGAUAUUGUCUCUUGUGACCGUGACAACUCAUGAACAUACUCUUACGUUUUAUCAAAGAAUAAGGCUGAUGUUAUUCAUGUUCUUCAUCAACCUGCCUUCCCCCCCAAGAAUACAUUAAUUUCAGGCUCUCGAGACGGAUGAAAGAAGAUUUGAAUGAUCUCACAUUUAUUUAUUGCAAUUUCGAAUUGUAUGGUAGUAAGGAUAUAUGACAGUAACACAUCAGUGGUUAUCAAUGUUAUUAUAGGAGCCAGCAUGUGCAACAUCCAAGGAUCUUCUUUGUUUGAUGGCUUUACUAACAAUGCUAUC